GUCCGCCCUCUGCGCGUGCUCGUCACCGACUCAUUGUAUCGGGCAGAAGAGACUAGAGCACAAACCGCUGGACAACAACUGAAAGACAACCCGAGCUUCAAGGAGGUACCAGAGCAGGAAGGAAGGCUGUAACUUCAGUGUUCAGAGAUCUGUGUACAGGACGCUUCGCCUGUUUUCAGCUGAUAGACUUUUUUCAAGCAGGGAACUCCUCCAUCGUUACAUAAAGGAGCUUCUGCUCAGACAUGGCAGCGAUCCGUAAGAAGCUGGUGAUCGUGGGAGACGGAGCUUGUGGUAAAACCUGUUUGCUUAUCGUCUUCAGUAAAGACCAGUUUCCUGAGGUCUACGUACCCACUGUGUUUGAGAACUAUGUCGCUGACAUCGAAGUGGAUGGCAAACAGGUGGAACUGGCCCUUUGGGAUACUGCUGGGCAAGAAGACUAUGAUAGGCUGCGGCCCCUGUCCUACCCAGACACAGAUGUCAUCCUCAUGUGCUUCUCUAUUGACAGUCCGGACAGUUUAGAAAACAUUCCAGAAAAGUGGACCCCUGAGGUCAAACACUUCUGCCCAAAUGUACCCAUUAUCCUUGUGGGCAACAAGAAGGACCUACGCAAUGAUGAACAUACACGUAGAGAGCUGGCUAAGAUGAAACAGGAACCAGUGAAAGCUGAGGAAGGGAGGGACAUGGCCAAUCGGAUUGGAGCUUUUGGCUACAUGGAGUGCUCCGCAAAGACAAAGGACGGUGUCCGGGAGGUGUUUGAAAUGGCUACCAGGGCAGCGCUUCAAGCACGUAGGGGCAAAAAGAACAGCAGAUGCCUUCUGCUGUGAACACACAGCACUGGACUGAAACCCCAAACGGGGGCAAACAAGUGUGUGUCCUUGGGGACAUUCCUCAAACUCGCCAAACGCUUUGGAAGAAAGAGUAAACUCUCUGAACAUAGUUUUUGUUUUAUUAAUUUUAUUUUUAAUCUUUCCUUUAGUCAUGGAAAUGUUUUAUCAGUAUUUAAGAAAUGCAGAGAACUUUUGUCUUCGUUUGUUUUUAUGAUGCUUUACCUGAUGACUUUUGUGAUAUCCUAAAAGCCACACCCACCCGCCAAAUUCUGCCAUGUGACUCAAAAAGCUGCCAAUCGAAUGCACAGCCCAGCUUCCAAUUGCUGGCCAAUUACUAUUAUUAUUAUUUUUUUUAAACAACCAUGAAACAGGGCUGAAUAUGUGAACGUGAUUUGUAAUAUCUGUAUGUAUGAAUCAUUUUUAUGGGUUGUUUUAGAUUGGGACUUAAAACGUACUUGUUUGAAAGCAAAAAGGAAAUAGAGGGGUGGGGGUAGAUAUGUAUACAUACAUGUACAUAUGAACACGUGUGUAGUAAUGUAUACACACGGUCAUUACAUGACUGGAAUUUGUAAACUAGACUUGGUAAUCUUAUGUAAUAAAAUACUUUCUAUAAGGAG